UUCUCGUUCCCCACUUGCGCGAAAUCCCCACUCGUGGUGAACCGUAGCAGCGUUCCCCACUCGCGAAGAACCCCAGCGGCGUUCCCCACUCGCGAAGGCGUUCUCGUUCCCCACUCGUCUUCUUCGAAAUCCCUGAGCCGGGAGGGAUUCUUCUGCUUGAUUCCUUCCUCCGGUUUACCAGAAGGUGAAUAGUAGCUGAUCCGCAGACGAUGAGGGUGAAGAAGCAAAAGCGUCAUCGCAAAGUGGUGCGCUUCUACUCCGCGUGCUUUGGUUUCCGAGAGCCUUAUAAGGUUCUAUGUGAUGGCACCUUCAUCCAUCACCUCCUUCUCCACCGCCUCACCCCUAUCAAUGAUGCUCUUGCUCGUCUUCUUGGAACUCGCAUUAUCCCCUUCACUACUAGAUGCAUUAUUGGAGAGCUAAGAAGCCUCGGUGAAUCCCAUCGUGAAGCCCUCGAGGCUGCUCAGCAGCUCAUGAUAGCUAGGUGCGACCAUGAGAAGAGGAUUAAUGCCAUGGAUUGUAUCGAGUCGGUUGUUGGAGAGGCGAACUCUGAGCAUUUCUUUGUUGCCACUCAAGAUGCAGAUAUGAGGAAAAAAUUCCAGAAGAUUCCUGGAGUUCCUGUGAUGUAUGGUCUUAGAAACUCUUUGUUCAUCGAGCAACCUUCUUCGAUGCAAAAACAAUUUGUCAAAUCUAGUGAGGAAAGGCGUCUGCAUUUGCCUGAAUCAGAAGAUCUGAAACUGCGUGAUAUGAAUCCCAGGGAUAAAAUAUCAAACAAUCCUGACCAUGGUGAUGCAGAUGAAACACUCCUCAGAACUGCUAGUGAUAAAAGAAAUAUGCUAGGCGUGUCACGGACUAGUCAAUUAAAACGAAAGCGAGCAAAGGGCCCAAAUCCACUCUCAUGUAAGAAGAAAAAACAAAACAAUGAUACUUCUAUUGUGAAGAAUCAGAAUGGUGGCAAUUCUGUUGGUGCUACGAAGAAGAAAAGAAUCAGAAAAAGAAAGAGAACUAAAGAGCCAAAAAAUGUAGAUGCGUCUUGAAGCUAAAUUACGGCUGAAACAAAAUAGUUUCUGGCCAUGAGGAAGAAUAACAGAAGCGGAGAGCAACUGGACUUCACACAUAGCUGCUACCUAAACUACAGUUUCAAGUCUCCCAUCUAUCUCACUUGUUUACUAAUAUAUUCGUGGAAGCUCAUUAGCUCAAUUUUUAAGUUAGUAGAAUAUUUUGUUUGUCAUUUGUUUUCUUGAACUUUUGUCGACUUCAUGCUUAGCGUUUUAUAUUGAAUUGGGUUGAUAUGGCUAAUGCUUAAA